AUGGUGUUGGAAGGUGGUCUGCCGGCGCCGCUUCAAUUGUACGCGGCAGCGGCUGCCGGAUUAGCCCCAAGGCCGGCUUGGCCCCCGUUUUUACCGUUUUUUGGAGUUCCACCACCGUUUUUGACUAGGCCUCGACUACCGCAUCCCUUACCGAAUCGGGCACCUCAUGGACCUCCUAGUGAAGACUCUAAUGAAGAUGGAGGAAGUAGUAAGGGUAGGUCUCUCUUUCUAUUAGAAUUAUUUAGUUUAAGGAGAAGCAAAGAUUACUAUCAAAAGUUAACUCAUAGGUUCUAA